AUGUUUUCAACUACAUCUGCUUCCCACACAGCACCAGCACGUUCCCCAUCAUCAUCCAUACGCAACCCCUCUCCACAUAUCCUGGUCAAAUCCACACUCGGCUCCCAUGCGUCCCAAUCUGAAUCACUUAUCACGAAUCUUUCCUCUAUCCUCGCAGGCGGGACACCCACCGCCUCCACUUCCAUCCACACCAGCAACACCAAGUCUACUAUUAUCACUAACACCCCAACCCCUGCUGCAAACAACCACCCAAUUACGCGCACGGUGUAUGCAGGCGUGAUUGUAGGCAGCGCGAUUGGCGGGUUGGGGGUUGUGCUUCUAGUGGUUAUUUUAGUGGUAUCGACAAAGAAACGGGGGAGGAGACGAACAUCGAGUGAUUCUACAGAUUUGGGAAUGACAGGGGCACGCGGGCUGUGGAUGUGGAUGAAAAAUCAUUACCAUCCAAGUCGUUCGGCACGGACUCGGCACACCGACAUUUCACCGUUCUUCCUCUCGUCCUCGCCAGGAACGGCAGGAGCAACUGCACAUGGCCCCUCCUCCCGUACGACGUCUGCAUCCGAGCGCGCUGCAAAAUAUCUUCGCAUUCAAGGCGCAAGUCACGGUCUUGUACAGAAUCUACACAGUGAGCCAGAAGGUGGUCAAGGUCGCGCCGCUGUGGGUAAAUACCAGGUCAGGAAUCGUACAACUGCGAAUCCUGGUGUCGCUGAUGACAGCGAGUCUAUACCCUUACCUCCUGGUUUAUCUCAGCCUCAGCCAGUGAUGGGUGGGGGAGGGGGAGGGGUGUCCAUGGAGGGCGCUGGCGCUAAUCAGAUGGUUGAGGACUCAGCCAACCAUGAUGUUCAUCCUUCCAGCUCCCAAGCUCACGUAUCGGGAGAAGAAAGCCCGCCCUCUUACCAUUUUACCUCUGUGGUAACCUAG